AUCAGAGAGAAACUUCUCCAGGAGGAUAUUAUGCCGUCUCACUCAAAUACAACCCAGAAGUUUUUCAGAAAACCAAAUCAAGUUGGAAGGCUAAAGCCUGCCUUUUGGACAUUGGUGGAUAAGGCAAGGAAGCAAGGGGUGAGUUUUCUCAACACCUCUUCCCACGGGAAAUAUAUUCUCAACCAUGCAUUUGAUCAGGCGAAGUACAAGGACAUUUUGAAGUUUUUGGAUGUAAAGUUUGUAGAAGAUGAGUGGUAUUCGAAGUGCAUUCAGAGUUUUGAUCUUGUCUUGGGUGUCCCUAAGGAUCUAUACCUGGAACUUCUGUUAUUUGUUGCUGACAAGUGGGGGCCAUUUUCAAAGACGAGUAUGGUGAAAAUACCAUUGUUGAAGUAUCUUGACAGUAACCUGAAUAUUGGAUUGUGUAGUGUGAAUUCUGCUUCCACAGGAGAUCAUCUAAGGCUGUUUAUAUGCACUUGCUCAGUUGAUGCAUCAUGGCUGACAAGUUGGAACAGAGAGUUUCGUUGUGUUGGGGGAUACUUCAUUGCUGAAUCAACACAAGAAGAACUUCCCAGUAGCCCUUCUAAGUGGCCGAAAGUGUUCGAUUGGCUUUGCAGAAGGGUGAGGGUGGAGUCUGUAGACGUGCAAAACUAUGCAGUUAUGAUCCGCGACUCACUGAGUCAUGAUCAGAAGCUUGUUCUUGCAUAUGCUCAUUUCCUGUAUCACUCAUUCAAGCUGAAGUAUUUGUCUGCAACCGAAAUUGAUUCGCUUUGUCUUGAAAUGGCCCUUUUUGAUGAUUAUGGGCGGGUGGCCACCAAAAGGAAGCGUGUUGUUGUACCUGCUGAUGGAAGUAAAUGGGUGCAGCUUCUUGGUCCCUCUAAUCCAUGGAAAAGAGAGGGUUACAUUGAGCUGGGAGGAGAGUAUUUGCAUGCUCAAAGAUAUGCCGGUGUGUGUACCAACAAGGAAGAGCUCCUUGAUUUUCUUAAGACUUAUGCUGGUGUUUUGGAUAUUCCCAAUUUGCCCCCUCCAGAUGCUUCACUUUCCAGUAUGGCUUCCCCACUAACCAGGGAUAAUGCAUUCCUGCUUUUAGGUUGGAUUGAUAAAAUGAAAAAGAAAGAGAUUCCAGAGACUUUCUUGAAAUGCAUAAGGGAAGGAAGCUGGCUUAGAGUCCAUGUAUGUGGUAAUCCUGGCUACAGGCCCCCAUCACAAUCCUUCUUACCUUCCUCGUCCUGGGGAGAUCAUUUGCAGAAUAGAUCUUUGCCUGUUGAUAUUCCAUUAGUUGAUCAGGAGUUUUAUGGUGAUGAGAUUUCUGAGUAUAAAAAUGCUCUGAGAACUGCUGGUGUUAUGUUUGAGUUAAAGGAAGCCAGUGAAUUUAUUGGGAAGCACUUUAUGUCUCUGUAUGCUUCUUCUACAUUGACAAAAAGUGAUGUCAUUUCGAUGCUGAAUUUCAUUAGGUAUUUGAGGGCUAAAGUUCUCCCUCCUGAUAACUUCAUCAACAGUAUCAAAGAUGAGAGCUGGCUCCAAACAACUCAAGGCAACAAGACCCCGGGCCAAUCUGUGUUUCUUGAUAUGGAAUGGGCUGCUGCAUCACAGAUCAGCAACAUCCCAUUUGUUGAUCAAAAUUAUUAUGGCCAUGAAAUUCUUGCUUACAAGGAAGAACUCAAGCUUCUCGGUGUCAUCUUUGGGUUCGAUCAAAAUUUCCAGCUAGUAGUUUCCAACUUGAAACCUUCAGGGUCAUUGACUUCACUAAGUGCUGAAGCAGCUCUCCUGGCACUAAACUGUAUUCGUCACCUAAAUUUAGGUUCUUCUGAUAGUCUAUGCAUAGCCCUCGCGGGCAAUAGAUGCUUAAAGACUGUGAGCAACGGAUACAGAUCUCCUGCUCAAUGUUUCCUACCAGAUCCAACCUGGGUUAGCCUUCUUCAGGUUUUCGAUGGCUUUCCUUGUAUUGAUGAGAAGUUCUAUGGGAGUAAAAUCAGUUUGUUCAAGAAUGAGCUUGAAAUGUUGGGUGUGGUGAUUAGUUUUGAGGAUGUUACCAAGUCAUUUGCUGAAGUUUUUAGACAGCAGACAUCAAAAUGUGCAUUGAGUAAGAGCAAUGCACUUUCUUUCCUGGAAUGCUAUAGGAAUUUAAAAGCAAACGGCUUGAAUUUACUAAAGUCAGAUGAAGAUAUAGGGGAAGUUACUCAAGAGGUUAAGUGGCUUAGAACAAGACUUGGUAGUGCCUGUACACCCAAAGAGUGCAUCUUGUUUGGUAAAGACUGGAAAGCCAUUUCUUCUGUCUCUCUUUUACCAUUUCUGGAUGAUGCUUAUUAUGACCAGGGAAUUCUUGAGUACAGAGCCGAGCUUUGUAGUAUGGGCGUCACUACCACUUUCAAAAAAGGCUCAAAAUUUGUUCUUGCAGGGCUCCGAUUGCCCAAGAAUCCUGGUGAAAUUUCGCCUUCUGUUGCGUGUUCACUUCUGCACUGCUUAAGGAAUUUGCAAGAGGCUGUUGACAUGGAUCUGAUCUCCGUUCUCUUGGAGAAACUAGAUCAUAAGUGGAUCAAGACUCAAGCAGCAGGUUAUCAAUCUCCAAAACAGUGUUUGCUAUUUGGUUCUAGAUGGAGUGGUAGGCUGAAGCAAGAAGAUGGUCCUUUCAUAGAUGACAAGUUUUAUGGUCCAGAUAUUCUGUCAUACACUAAAGAACUUCAGGCUUUGGGGGUAGUGGUUGAGGCAAAAAAUGGAUGCUCCUUGGUGGCUGAUUACCUUUAUGUGCACUCUAAUCGUGGCACUAUCAAUCGGAUAUAUACUUACUUGAAUGAUCACGGUUGGGUUCCUACCAGUGAUGUAAGUGCAAAGAUAUGGAUUCCCUAUGGGGAGAAUAGUGGGAAGUGGGUGAGUCCUAAGGAUUGUGUUCUCCAUGAUAAAACCAAUCAUUUUGGUUCACACUUGUUUGUCUUAGAGAAGUAUUACAGCAAUGAAUUGCUGGUUUUCUUCAGCAAACUUGGAGUUAAUAGCAAUCCUUCCCUGGAAAACUACUUGAAGCUUUGGAAGGAAUGGGAGUGUGCAAAGAGGAGAUUACUACCUUCUGAGUGCUGUGCCUUUUGGGAGUUUAUAGUGAACCAUUGGAGCUCAAAGAUGCAGAAACUUGUUGCAGAGAAUCUAUCCAAACUUCCUGUUUGUUCAGGCCAGGAUGGGAUUUUGUUGCUUGACAAAAACGAUGUUUUUAUAGCCAACGAUCUCUACAAGAAGGACCUUUUUGAACAAAGCUCUGUGGAUCCUCUGUUUGUUUGGUAUCCCCAGCCAAGCCUGCCAUCCCUGCCCAGAACCAAGCUUCUCAAUAUCUACAGAGAAAUUGGUGUUGGGGCUUUGUCAGAAUCUGCCCAGAAUAUGGGACUUUCUUCAAUCAACUGUGCCGGGCUGGAACCGGCCACUCCGGAAAUGAUCUUCAUUGGGAAAACCCUGUUCACUCUCAUUCUUGGUUUCCUAGCUCAACCUUCUCUGGAGAUGGAAGCUGAGAAGAGGCACGAGUCGGUCAGGCGGCUCGUAAACACCACCUUUCUCAAGCUGAAAGAACCAAUUGCAGUUCAGUAUAGGCUAUCACUCUCGUCUGGGAAAACUCUGAUUGCUAAGGCAAGGAGAAUGAUGGUGUGGGAGAGAGAGAGGUCCAAGUUCUUCAUUACAGAGAUCGAUAAAUCGGGUGGUUACAAUUGUGUCCUGGAAUAUGCUACGUAUUACUCAGAAGAAGUUUCUAAGGGGAUAUUGUGGGAGAAAGAAGAUGCGGUGUGUGAGCUUGCUGAACUCAUCAGGUUGGGGUUCAUCGUCAAGUUUGAUAAGGUAGCUAUCAGCUUACUGAUGAAGAUAAACAAUCUUCAGAUUUUCAAGGAAGAUGAACUGUUUCUGUCUUCUGUUUUUCCUGCUGAAUAGAUGGUUGAUUUGGCACUGGUAGUUUGCAAUGGUGGUGUGGGGCGGUGGCAACCGAGAAACUCCAACAACUCUUCUUUUGUUUUGCAUUCUCUUGUCAAAAUGAUGUUAUCAUUAAUGUCUUUUUCUUUUGGUUGAAUGAACUGGGCAUUCGUCUAGUAUUUGUAUGUUUUACAUGGACUAUUUCAUACAUACCACAUUUGCUUAUAAGUUCUGUUCCCAAAGUAAAGUAGCUAUUAGCGUUUCAACUCUAAGCCAACUGACAUUUGCCCAACUGAGCCAAUGUUCCUAUGGAGUAUGGAAAUUGAUUGCAUAUUUCACAUAUGGACACCAAUGCAUAUGGCAUGAAUUAGUUUAAAUGUGAUUUGAUAUAGCUAUAGGUUUCAUUUAUCAAUAAUGUGCAUUCACCUUCAGUAAAACUUUAGCAGAAAAGUAGGACUUACUAUUUUCGUUUCUUAGUUCACUUUGAUUUCAGGGGAUAGCAAGGAAUCUGGAUACAGAAUGCUCUAAAGCUACAUCAUCUGCCCCUCCCCCUCGCGUCCUUUCUGAGGUUGUUGAGUCUAUGGCAUUUCACGAGAAGUACUUAGUUUCGAACUGUUGGUUGGGCUCUGUAAUGUUUAGGUUUAUGCCCUUACUGGAGGUCUGGCACCUCUGGUAUCAAUCAUUUUAAAAGACGAACACAGGCAGAGAAUGAAAAGAUUACAUGGCAAUGGCUUCCUUUUGCAAAUUCUGCCCGAAAUGACAGUUUUCAACUAUACCACUGGGUUGUGAAAUCUAUUUUAAGUGUUGUGAGAUUUAUGUACAGAAAAGAGCUUUUCUGCCUCUUUUGUUUUUAGGUGAGUGUUGUAAAUGGUGUUCUGCCAACAGGCAACUAUUCGUUUGCUAAGUAUAACAAGGUAUGCUGAAUAAUCUUUCUAUUAUCAUGUGAAGGUUUUAUCAUAGUCCUUAUUGACAAAUAUGUCUUUCUCCAAAGCUUUCCUGUCCUAAUUGAUUUGUUUAUUGAUGAUUGAAUGCAGUCAGUGGAUGUAAUUGAAUACACAGAUGAGGAGUAUGAGAAAUAUUUGACAGAUCCCGUAAACUUUCUAACAUUGAAGGAGGUGACUAACAUCUCCAGUGCUGUAGUAGAUGCGUGGUCUUGUGUGCUCAAUUCCAGAGAAAAAUCCAGGAGAGGGGGUGUGCCUUCCCAACUGUUUGCCUCGACAUCCACUACGGUAGGGACCAUUGUGGGAGCCGGGAGGAGAGAUUGAGAUGGUUCAAGGCGUGCCUGGAUGUAGAUUUGCAGGCCACAGACCACGUUAGGACCGCUACACUAGACAUGUAUCUUUUCCUUGUAAUACAGGAGGGCCAUUAUUACGUGAUGAGCAUAAGCUUCAAGCACUACAGGUUCGACAUUCUAGAGAACUCCUAGAAACGGAAGCCAAAUGAUGAGAAAUAUGGAGAAGCCCCCAGAGGAGCUGGCUAAAAGGCUUUCAGAACAUGAUAUGACUCCAGAUGGGGGUGCUCAGAGGCCUUCUGCGAAUCAUUAAAAGAAUUCAUUGAAAACAGCUGUGUAGCAAGCUUAGAGAAAACACGGAAAGAUCUGAAACUUGAUGGGGAACAUAAUGCAGUGGAGGAUCUUGAUGCUCUUGAAAGUAUCACUUUAAAUAUAUCAGAUCGACUUGCUCUCCACAUUCCUAGACAGCAAGAACCAGACCCUCCGUGCUAUCCGCCUAAGGAACAUGAAAUCGAAAAGAAUGCAAAUGGCGUGGCGAGACACAGCUAACAGGCCGGGGUGAUUCCUGGGUGUUUGCGAUGCGCCAUAUGGAGACCUACACCGGCCAGGAUUGCAUCGAAUGGCAGUGUGGGCUACAAAGAGGGGAUGGCGAACAACUACUCAACCUACGCAAGCAAGCAUAUCAUGCACAACAUCCUAAUGGGCGAAGUAAAUGAUCACAUGCAGAAUAUUGGCACUCGUGUUGGGCGGUACGACCUAGACUGGUUCACUCUUCCUUCUCAAUUAUCAGCUCGAGCUCCUGAUUAAAAUAAUAGCGCUGCUGGGGGGUACACGCCAAUAAAUUAUUUCCUUCCUCUAGGCAGUACAGAUGUUUUUUGGCCGAUGGAGUUAGGUAACUACUUGCUGAUGUUAGGUGUGUAGGAAUCACGACAGUUUGGAGGCCUAAUAAUUGGUAAAUACAGUGAUUUUGUAAACACUCUCCAGCUGGAGUUAGUACGUAAGGUUUUAGGCUGCUGCAGAAAGCACUACUACACUCGUGCAUUGACAGCGUAGUGUUUGAAACCUGAAUUUUGAUUUCCUAAUUGCAGCAACAGUUAGCCGACCUCCAGAAAAAAGUGCUAACUCUGUGCUUUUAAGCAACUCAAUGCUUAUUAUAUUUGUACUCAGCUUUAAUGGGUUUUCGUUUUGGUUUA